AGAGACGACUACGCGAGGAGAGACAAUUGAGAUUCUCCCAUUUUUUUGUCAGCACGGUCAUCUAGCUAGCUACAGUCAUACAAUAUACGAUGGCUACGUUUUUCGGAGAGGUUUUAUCUGUUUACUCGCGUGCAGUCGAAGAAGACGACGAUGAUCUGGAUGAUGAAAACGAAGAUGAGCGAAUUCACAGAGAGAUAGAAGAAAAGAGGGAGGUUCAUAUUGUGUGGUGCCCUGAAGUCGCACAAUCACUUGAGGACUCUGGCAGCAACACAUUGCAAUGCUCAGACCUCAUCAUUGCCGUGGGCACUAAUGCUGCAGGAUUUCUGUCUGCAUAUGUGUUGAACACUGAAAGCUGGGAUGCAGUGGGCCAUGUGUCACUAUGGAAUGAGAGGAGUAGGGGCUCCAGUAGACAGAGCAUUGCCCCACUGCCUGGAGAGCCAGCCUGUCUCUUCUACAGACAUAGGGACAACCCAGCAGUCCUGGUCUGCCAAAGCACUUGUUACAUUGCGGAGGACCAACUGUUUCAAUGGACAGAAAAGGUGUUAGGCUGCCUCCAGAAGAGAGGGCUCAGUGUAAUGGUGCUGUCGGACAGCCCUGUGGCUGAGUACAAAACGCCAGACUACCUCUACGGUAGCGCUGUCCCUUUCCUACGCUCCCUCAAGAGCAGUGCCUCCAAGGGCCAGGCCCUCUGCCCUGCACUAGAACAGCCAAACAUCCUCACUGGACUGCCAGCUGCAGUACUGAGCCACUGCCAAGUCCAUCAGAUUCCAGCUGUUCUGUACCAAUGCUACACUGAUGUCAUCAGCCCAGACUCUAUCACCAUGGAAACCUACAAACCUGCCCUGUUGUGUCUAAGCAAGUUGGUCAAGUUGGAGCCUUGUCUGAGCGCUGACGUCCUCCGAAAGUUUGCCAUAAUCACUGAGGCUCAGAGUAAUCUGUAUACUUAAAUGUAGAAGAUGUAUUUGUACUGAACAGGCUCUGUAUUUGUCUUUUACCUAAUGAACAGGUUCACUUUAUUUUAACCAAAUCUGUAUUUUGGAUGUAUAUGGCAUUUUAUAGAAGUGUCCAGACACUUUUUUGCAAUUUCACUUGGUUUUGAGAAACUUACCCCACCAGCCAUAGACUUCCUCAUGCUCGUUCUGCAGUUGCAGGCGCACAGAUAUAACAUGAACAAAAGCUCCAAAAACACCCAAAUAUGUCCUUUUAAAAACAGCAUUGCUCUCAGUAUAACGAUGCAGGUCUUUAGACGUCAUUCCAAACUUUAAAUUCUAAUUUGUUGGACUCAAGCGAUACUUCUCCGUGUAGGCCUUCUCCGGGCAUUGCUCAAGACCUGCAUUGCUAUACUGAGAGCAUUACCGUUUCUAAAAGGAUGUAUUUGGGUGUUUUUGGAGAGUUUGUUCAUGUUUUAUCUGUGACCCUGCAACUGCAGAACAAGCAUGAUGAAGUUUAUCACCAGUGGGGUAAGUUUGUCAAAACUAAGUGAAAUAAAAAGUUUGGACAUUUCCAUAACAUUCCAUUUACAAAAAAAGUUUACCUUUUCAUUUAAACUGUAAAAUAAUAUGUAAGUAAUGUUUUAAUUUGGAAGAAGUGAAGGGCACCUUCAUUGAAAAUAAAAAGGUGCAACACUCAGCA